UCUGCUCGGCCUCGGGCUUGGGUUUGGUCGCGUCCCCGUGGCUGGGACGGCGACAAGGAAGCCACGUCUGGCCGGGGCCGGCCGCUGCUGCCCAGCACCGCCCCGGGAGGCGCGAUCAGCUCGGGCCCAGCGGAGCCGGGCCGGGGCCCUCAGUCCCCGGAGCCCCCUGGAGCCCUCAGCUCCGCCAUGGGCCGGGGCAGGCCCGGCGGGCUCGGCCGCUGUGUCCUGGUGCUGCUGCUGCUCCUGGGCGGCUCGGGCAGCCCCGGGACGAGGCCACCGCCCCGGGAGCCCUGGGCAGAGGAGCAGGGACCCGUCCCGGAGCGGGGACCGUGGGGCAGGGUGAGGUACGAAGCCGUGAAGCAGCAUUUGGGAGCUGUGGGCGCUCUCUCCAGGCAGUACUGGCGGUACCUGGCGUGCAAGGUGUGGCAGGAGGGCUGCGAGGAGGAGGAGAAGCAGCGAGAACGAGAGGCCGGCCCCAUCCCAGGCUGGGGCUUCCCUCUGGUGGGCCAGGAUUACCUGGAGAUCCUCUCUGCCUGGUACUGCAGCUUCGGCAAGUGCUGUGAGACAGGAGACUGCAGGAUAACCAACAACAUCACAGGGCUGGAGGCAGACCUCAGUGGGCAGCUCCACGGGCAGCACUUGGCCAAGGACGUGGUGGUGCGGGCAGUGCAGGGGUUCCUGCAGAGCCCACGGCCCCAGAAGGCUCUGGUCCUGUCCUUCCAUGGCUGGUCUGGCACAGGGAAGAACUUUGUGGCUCGGAUGAUGGCCAAUCACCUGUACCGGGACGGGCUGAAGAGUGACUGUGUCAGGGUGUUCGUCUCCCUCCUCCACUUCCCACAUCACAACUACGUGGACUCCUACAAGGUCCAGCUGCAGAGGCAGAUCGGCGAGACCGUGCAGCGCUGCGGGCAGGCCCUGCUCAUCUUCGACGAGGCCGAGAAGCUCCAUUCCAGCCUCCUGGAUGCCAUCAAACCCUUCAUGGCUCAACACGACAGCCAGGGCCAGGCAGAUCCACAGAGAUCCAUCUUCCUCUUCCUCAGCAAUCUUGGUGGCAACACCAUCAAUGAGGUCGCCCUGGACUUCUGGCGAGCCGGCCGGGCACGGGAGGAGAUCUCCUUGGAGCUGCUGGAGCAGCGGCUGCGGCUGGAGCUGCAGGAGGCUGCAGAGAACAGUUAUGCCCACAGCCACCUCCUCAGAGAGAACCUCAUCGAUUUCGUGGUGCCCUUCCUGCCUCUGGAGUAUCAGCACGUGAAGCUCUGUGCACGGGACGCCUUCCUGGCCCGCGGGCUUCCCUACACCGAGGCAACGCUGGAUGAGGUGGCCCAGAUGAUGGUUUUUGUCCCCAAAGAGGAGAAGCUUUUCUCUGCACAGGGCUGCAAAUCCGUGCCCCAGCGCAUCAAUUACUUCCUUCCUUGAACACCAGGUGGGAGCACUGGUGUUUCUGCACUCUGGGAGCUGCUCUCUUUGCACAGGGUCAGAAACAAAUGGCCCAGCCAGGCACUGCACAGGGACUUAACAGAGAUUUAAACCCCCCCAUUACUCCCAGGGCUGUUGCAGUGAAGGAGGUGCAUCCCUUACUCCUGGGAUGUGGGGACAGCCUGUGCUUGGCUGCAUUUGGAGUCUGUCUGGUGUUUUAAAUCCCUUCUUUUAGCUGGCAGUAGCCUGAAGGGGUGGUGGGGUUCUGCUGGCAGAUGCUGUUCCAUGUGAGUGGGGACUGGGAAUGUCCAAGUCCUUGGUUUGUUGCUGUGUGGUGGAGGGAGGCCUUGGACAGGCUGGUCCUGUUGAGACAGUGUGGCCAAAGCCACGUCCCUGUCCCCAGUUUUCUCUGUCACUUUACAAGAACACCCAGAACUGUUUUGCUGGAGUUGAGUUUUUCCCCUCUAUUGAUCUCAUGCCUUUCUAAGGUGUCUGGUGCUCAGGGACACGUGGGCCAGGAUCAUAGUCUGUGCAGGGAGAAAAGGACUGAAUAAUCUCCUCUGGAGAUGCCAGAUCCAAGCUCUCACCUUGGAGUGUCCACCUCUCACUGGAGUCUUCCGUUGUAUGGAAGCAGCUGCCGGGGUGAGGGGAUCUUCUGCUGCAAUUAUUUUUCUGAGUGGGUUGGUGAAGAGCCCAUUUCCUUCACUGCAAAACCAAAAAGGGGAGAGAGCUCCUCUGCCAAAGGCCAAGUGCAGGUGAGGAGGGUGGUGGCUGAAGCAUCAAGCUGCAGCUGAAUGUGAAUUUUCAUGGAUGCAGUAAAAGCUUGACUUUUUUCCUUCCUUUU